UGUCCCUGGGCUUGGCAUGAGGACCCCGGGGUGCCGAGGGAGGGGCUGAAGCCCACGCGGUGGUGGAGGGCGGACAGGAUGACUGAGAGCAUGAAGGAGUGCUCCGCGCAGAGGAAGGCGGCCGUGGGGGACAUGGUGACCGCUGUGAAGACAGAGGUCUGCUCGCCACUCGGGGACCAGGAGUAUGGCCAGCCCUGCUCUAGGAGACCAGACCCCUCCGCCAUGGAAGUUGAGCCCAAGAAGCUGAAGGGGAAACGUGACCUCCUCAUGCCCAAAAGCUUCCAGCAAGUGGACUUCUGGUUCUGCGAGUCCUGCCAGGAGUACUUUGUGGAUGAGUGCCCGAACCAUGGGCCCCCGGUAUUCGUGUCUGACACACCGGUGCCCGUGGGCAUCCCAGAACGGGCAGCCCUCACCAUCCCACAGGGCAUGGAGGUGGUCAAGGAAGCCAGCGGAGAGAGCGACGUGCGAUGCAUCAACGAGGUCAUCCCCAAAGGCCACAUCUUCGGUCCCUAUGAGGGGCAGAUCUCCGCGCAGGACAAAUCAGCGGGCUUCUUCUCGUGGCUGAUCGUGGACAAGAACAACCGCUACAAGUCCAUAGACGGGUCGGACGAGACGAAGGCCAACUGGAUGAGGUACGUGGUCAUCUCUCGGGAGGAGAGGGAGCAGAACCUGCUGGCGUUCCAGCACAGUGAGCGCAUCUACUUCCGGGCGUGCAGGGACAUCCGGCCUGGGGAGCGGCUGCGGGUCUGGUACAGCGAGGACUACAUGAAGCGCCUGCACAGCAUGUCCCAGGAGACCAUCCACCGCAACCUGGCCAGAGGAGAGAAGAGAUUGCAGAGGGAGAAGUCUGAGCAGGCUCUGGAUAACCCAGAAGACCUGAGGGGUCCCAUUCAUCUCCCCGUGUUGAGACAGGGCAAAAGUUCCUACAAACGUGGCUUUGAUGAGGGGGACAUGCACCCCCAGGCCAAGAAGAAGAAGAUUGACCUCAUUUUCAAGGAUGUGCUGGAGGCUUCGUUGGAAUCCGCGAAAGUGGAAGCACACCAGCUGGCACUGAGCACCUCGCUGGUCAUCAGGAAAGUCCCCAAGUACCAGGACGAUGCCUACAGUCGGUGUGCCACAGCCAUGACCCAUGGCACGCAGAACGUCAGCCGGACCCAGGGGGAGGGGAACUGGAAGAUGCCCCAUGGGGUUUCCAAGGAGCCAGGCCCAUUGGAGGAUGAGGAAGAGGAGCCUUCAUCAUUCCAGGCCGACAGUCCGGCAGAGGCCUCCCUCGCGUCCGACCCGCAUGAGCUGCCUACCACCUCCUUUUGCCCUAACUGUAUUCGCCUAAAGAAGAAGGUGCGGGAACUCCAGGCGGAACUAGACAUGCUUAAGUCUGGGAAGCUUCCUGAGCCCCCCGAGUUGCCACCACAGGUACUGGAGCUCCCAGAGUUCUCGGACCCUGCAGCCUCAGAAAGCAUGGUCUCCGGCCCCGCCAUCAUGGAAGACGACGACCAGGAGGUCGAUUCGGCAGACGAAUCCGUCUCCAAUGACAUGAUGACCGCCACCGACGAGCCCUCCAAGAUGUCGUCCGCCACCGGCCGCCGGAUCCGGCGCUUUAAGCAGGAGUGGCUGAAGAAGUUCUGGUUCCUGCGGUACUCGCCGACGCUGAACGAGAUGUGGUGCCACAUGUGGUGCCACGUCUGCCGCCAGUACACGGUGCAGUCCUCGCGCACCUCGGCCUUCAUCGUCGGCUCCAAGCAGUUCAAGAUCCACACCAUCAAGCUGCACAGCCAGAGCAACCUGCACAAGAAGUGCCUGCAGCUCUACAAGCUCCGCAUGCACCCCGAGAAGACGGAGGAGAUGUGUCGCAACAUGACCCUGCUCUUCAACACGGCCUACCACCUGGCCCUGGAGGGCAGGCCAUACCUGGACUUCCGGCCCCUGGCCGAGCUGCUGAGGAAGUGCGAGCUCAAGGUGGUGGACCAGUACAUGAACGAGGGCGACUGUCAGAUCCUCAUCCACCACAUCGCCCGGGCGCUGCGGGAGGACCUGGUGGAGCGCAUCCGCCAGUCGCCGUGUCUCAGCAUCAUCCGAGCCGUCUACGUCCAGUACACCAGCAGCGACGGGCCUCCGGCCACGGAGUUUCUGUCCCUGCAGGAGCUGGCGUUCUGCAGCACAGAGAGCUAUCUCCAGGCACUUGACCGGGCCUUUUCGGCCUUGGGUAUCCGGUUGCAGGAUGAGAAGCCGACCGUUGGCUUAGGCAUCGACGGGGCCAACGUCACAGCCAGCCUGCGCGCCAACAUGUUCAUGACCAUCCGCAAGACGCUGCCCUGGCUGCUGUGCCUGCCCUUCAUGGUGCACCGGCCCCAUCUGGAGAUCCUGGACGCCAUCAGCGGGAAGGAGCUGCCCUGCCUGGAGGAGCUGGAGAACAACCUGAAGCAGCUGCUCAGCUUCUACCGCUACUCGCCGCGCCUCAUGUGCGAGCUGCGGUCCACCGCCUCCACCCUCUGCGAGGAGACGGAGUUCCUGGGCGACAUCCGGGCCGUGCGGUGGAUCAUCGGCGAGCAGAACGUCCUCAACGCCCUCAUCAAGGACUACCUGGAGGUGGUGGCCCACCUCAAGGACGUCAGCAGCCAGACCCAGCGGGCAGACGCCUCGGCCAUCGCCCUGGCCCUGUUGCAGUUCCUCAUGGACUACCAGUCCAUCAAGCUCAUCUACUUCCUGCUGGACGUGAUCGCCGUGCUCUCGCGCCUGGCCUACGUCUUCCAAGGCGAGUACCUCCUGGUGUCCCAGGUGGACGACAAGAUCGAGGAAGCCAUCCAAGAGAUCAGCCGGCUGGCCGAUUCCCCGGGAGAGUACCUGCAGGAGUUCGAGGAGAACUUCCGAGAGAGCUUCAACGGGGUCGCAAUGAAGAACCUCAGGGUGGCCGAAGCCAAGUUCCAGUCCAUCAGGGAGAAGAUCUGUCAGAAGACCCAGGUCAUCCUGGCUCAGAGGUUUGACUCCCGUAGCCGGAUAUUCGUGAAGGCCUGCCAGGUGUUCGACCUGGCCGCCUGGCCCAGGAGCAGCGAGGAGCUCGUGAGCUAUGGCAAGGAGGACAUGGUGCAGAUAUUUGAUCACCUGGAAGCCAUCCCGACUUUUUCCCGGGAUGUCUGCAGGGAAGGGCUGGACCCCCGGGGGAGUCUGUUGAUGGAGUGGCGAGAACUCAAGGCUGAUUACUAUACCAAAAACGGCUUCAAAGACCUGAUCAGCCACAUUUGCAAGUACAAACAGAGGUUCCCGCUCUUGAACAAGAUCAUCCAGGUUCUUAAAGUUCUCCCCACUUCCACUGCUUGCUGCGAGAAAGGCCGCAACGCCCUCCAGCGAGUUCGCAAAAACCACCGCUCCCGCCUGACCCUGGAGCAGCUCAGUGACCUGCUGACAAUCGCCGUAAAUGGACCGCCGAUCGCCAGCUUUGACGCCAAGCGAGCCCUGGACAGCUGGUUCGAGGAGAAAUCAGGCAAUAGUUACACACUGUCCGCCGAGGUCCUCAGUCGGAUGUCUGCGCUGGAGCAGAAGCCGGUGCUACAGAUCGCAGACCACGGGGCGGAGUUUUACCCCGACAUUUAGGGAGCCGGCGCCGCAGAGGUCA